CACAGCUUUAUUUAAAAAUUUUGAAACUGUCAAUGUCAAUUUCGCAGUCAUGAAUGACAACUAAAAAUAUUAUGAAUUUGUACUUUCUUUAAAUUCUAUAUUGUUUAGAAAUAAACAAUUUCACUAUAUAUUAAAAUGGCGGGGACAUAUUAUUUUGUCAUUGUUGGGCAUUCGGAUAAUCCAAUAUUUGAAAUAGAUUUCAUUCCAGCCACUAAGGAAGUGAAGAAAGAAGAUAACAGACAUUUAAAUCAGUUUAUAGCUCACGCAGCUCUAGACUUAGUUGAUGAACACAUGUGGAAAGUGACUAACACAUAUUUGAAAUCUGUUGAUAAGUUCAACCAGUGGUUUGUUUCUGCUUUCGUUACUGUUAGCCAGAUGCGGUUUAUAAUGGUGCAUGAUGCACGCAAUGAAGACGGCAUCAAGAACUUCUUUACAGAUGUUUAUGAAGCCUACAUAAAAUUGAUGUUGAAUCCAUUCUAUAAAGAAGACACACCUAUAACAUUACCAGCUUUUGAGAAGAAAGUACAAUUUCUUGGGAAAAAAUAUUUAACAUAGUAAAUUCGACAGUGAACAAAUCAACAAAUUACAAGAUUAAAUUAUUUAAUUAUAAGAGAUGUAAAUAUAUUAAGUACAUAAAACUAAUUUAAGAGUUUCAGAAGUUUUAUUAUAAACAGUUUCCUAAAAUAUCACACAAAUGAAAAGGCGGACAUGGUUAUGCAACUAUAAAAGACCAUGAAAAUCUUUGCUUAUAAUUUAGUGAUAUCCAGGAAUAUUGAAGUCAAUAUGUGGAGAUAAAUCAUUCAUACUUAUAAUAAUGUAUCUAUAAGGUAUACAAAACAAUUAUAUUGUAAAUUCUUGCUUUAAUAGUGCUAGCACUUAUUGUCCUUACAGAUUUUGUCAAUGUCUUCUACAAACUCUGGCAAUAAAUAGAAAAAAUGCUGUUACCCAUAACAUGUGUAAUAUUUAUUGUGAUAAAUAUUACAUGCUUACGUAAUUAACAUACAUAUUAAUUUGACUUAAUUAUCAAUUAGAGCAAAGAGGUCUAUGACAAAACCUAAUUCUGAAGUUUUGAACCUAAA